AUGCAGGUAUUACCUUACAAUAAUCAAUAUUUUUUAAAUUUAAAACAUUUAAUAGGUUUAAAAACAAUAUUUUUUUGGGCUCCUGUAUGUAAAUGGAUCAUAGUUAUGGCUAGUAUUACGGAUAUAUUAGAUAGACCACCGGAAAUAAUAAGUAUACCACAAUCUUCUGUGCUGGCAAUAACUGGCUGUAUUUGGAUGCGUUAUUCUUUGGUGGUAAUACCGAAAAAUUGGAUGUUAUUUUCGGUUAACUGCGCUAUGUCAUUAUUCCAAACAUAUUCCACAGCAAUAGCAAUAAAGUAA